AUGUUCCUCAUUUUAAAAACAACUGUCCUGGAUGAGGUCCAGUUGGAUGUGCCAUUGGAUGAUGUGCCAGAUGUUCCACUGCUGCCAGUCCUCCUUGAUGUCCAGAAUGCUGCUAUCAUCCUUGAGGAUGUGCCAGAUGUGCAGACUAUCCUUGAGGAGGCCACUGGCAAUUGGCAGUUGAUUCCGAUUAGGUUCAGCCCCCUGUACUGUGGGCCUGUUGUGAUCAGGAACAAUGCCGGUCCGGUGGUUAAAGCUUGGAGAACUUUCCAGUUCAUCAGCCCCAUCAUCACCUACAUGCGUGGGGGAUCCCAGCAGGUGGUGGUGAGGAUGCACCACGUGAGUAGGGUGAGAGGCCUGGAGACUCAACUGGUGUGGGCCAUCUCCAAGGAGACAGCCAGGCUUAGUCCAGAGGGCAUCCCCUACUGUGCCACCAAAGUGCAGUCCAUCACUUGGAUCCAGCGUGUGGCUGGCAGGGUGACCCACUAUGCGUCUCACCUCCGCCACGAGACGUCUGUGGACGUGACGCUUGGCUGCUACCAGCAGACUGAUGUCUCAGUGGUGUACGCCACUCUCCACAUGGGGCUGGACGGGCUUCUCUCCUCUUCAGCGUGGUCGGAGGCUGCCUCCUUCUCUACGCCCACCACUCAGCAGUUCACUGACCCAGAGCCUGAGGGCCACAACUGCUAUGAGGGCUGGGAGGAGGACCUGCUGCCUGAGGAGAGGGAGGUUCCUCUGCUAAACCUCUACCUUAUCACCAAGAGAGUGGAGGACAUUGCCCUGAGGCUCGUCUCCCUGCGCCAGGCCUUCACUACCCUGCUUGGUUCCACCCUGAGCAGGAACCGUCUGUUUGUGGCGGGAAAGGUCCUCCUGGGCGCACUGGUUCAGGCCAACCACAUGGACGAGGCCAAGUUCAUCCGUACCUAUAAGGACUUUGUGGACUACCUGAGUGACCCCUCCAAGCGGAAUGACAUUGAGAGGGAGCUGGCUGAGGCAAAGAUCCAUCAUGUGAACAUGAUAGAUGUCCUCUUUGAGCUGGUGCUGUUUGGGUUAAUGACAGCUCAGAAGUCCCUGAUGGUGCACCCUGGUGGGUUCGUGGAGCGUCUGUACGCUCUCCUGUACUCCUUCCUGCCCACUGCUGCCAACAUGGAGCCAGAGGCUGACAGAUACCUGCUGCUGCUCAAUGAUUCUUGUGACACUUUGCCACCCAACAGGGAUCUAGACACCAAUGCACUACAUUACUUUGCACUGAAUUUGACAUUUUUAAAUAAAACAAGUUGUAGUUCAAAAACAUUUUG